AUGGGACGUGUUGAAACCCCUCACCCCCUCCCCUUCUCCUUCGCGGAUAUUAAGUUCGCCUCGCACUCAACACCGGGACACGGCCGCGUCGCGCUGCCAUUGUAUAGUUAUCGUUACCGCGCGUGGGGCCCUAAGAUAGGCGUAGGAAAUGUUAAUGACGCAUCCCGAACCCGGAAGCUUACACUGUGUAUAGACACUGUCCUUGGACGGAAAACUGGUGACGACGGGCCAAGGUCGCUUUGGCGGUGGAAAGCGGAAAUCCCCGGCGCACCCGGCGGCGGCGGACCGCAGCUGCAGCGCGUGUUGCGUACGCGUUAUUGUCGGCUAUUAUACGAUGCAGUAUGAUGCACUCGCGUAUUAUGCGCAUGCGGAAUAGGUGUAUAAUGUGUAUAUUGUUGUCGCUAUUAUUAUCACCAUGCCUUUUACGGACCGUCAGCGGCGUCGGUGGGUGGAUGGAGGGGGAGGGGAUGGAGCACGCGACGGGCCUAUUGUGGCCGGGCUGCAUUUGUCGUCUAUUGACACGGUCCGCGCGCGGAAAUUCGCAAAACAAAUAGCCGCACAAAGAUGCCGCACGGGCGGGAGGGGGCAACCCGUUCCGGGAAAGAGGAUUUCGCGCGCGUGUACAAUGCGCGCGGUUAUUAUUAUUAUUAUUAUUUUUUUUUUUUUUUUUGUCAACGAACCAUAUGUAUCGAUGUACGAUAUUAUUAUUAUAUAUAUACAUAGAUGUAUUAUAUUAUACCGAUGCGCGGAAACGGGCAGCCCGUGCCGACCGUAUUUUUCGCGUACGGUUCAUACGCGUACCGUCUACUGACCCGUGUGCAUUUGAUUUCGUGUGUUGCAGGGGCGGAUUUCGCGUGCCCGACCAAGUGAUCGCGACCACCGUCAGAAAAACCAGCAGCAGCAGCAGCAGCAGCCGUACCGGCAAAACCGAGACCGCGGCCGGAGCGAUCGUACAAUUCAGGCGGCCGCGACACGCCGGGACACCGCGGUGGUGAUAAUUGCCCGCAGCGCGGGACCGUUGCGACGACGUUACGACGACCUGCACCGCCGACAAGAAGACGGCUACGACGAUGGCGUGCCGCGACGUUGCUGCAGUGACGACUUUGGCCGUCGACGACCAGUAGCCGGCGAAUUCGGCGGUCGAGCGAUACCCGACUUAGCGGCGGGUGUACGGCAACAGUAGAGACACCAACGCGGCGCGGCCUUUGCAGUCGGCACGACUAAAUAACUUUCGUCCGUAUCGUUGAGCUUCAGCGGCCGACAAAGUGGAGGGCAAUUGCGGCGACCUGUUGAACAUGAGUUCGUACUUCGCCAACUCGUAUAUGCCCUCC